GAAGAAGGUUAGGGGUAAAAAGAGCUUGAGCAUGAAGUACGGUCAGCUGGGAAAGUGCUUGAAGGUGGGUGUGUGCAAAGAAUUGAAAUAUGUUGAAGAGAUGCGUGUGUUAUCUUUUCUCCUCACCACUAACCAUCCAGUACCUCCCCUUGCGGUGUGUCGUCAGCAGAUGAUCUCAGGGCCUGAGAGGAGCUGCAAGAGAAAAUGGGAGGAAAUCUGAUCCAUAUGGUGGCACUAUAAAGGUCGUCGCUGAUUUGCAGCCUUCAUCAAAACCUGGUCAAGACUUCAUCACUUACUCGUGACUGGGACCCUCCUCUCGCACCUUGUCACAGCGCACUGAAUGUCUCACCAGUCUCUCUCUCCAGCAGAACCAGUUAUCAGCCUGACCCUUGGGGUGAGGGGUUCAUUGCAGCAAUCUUCAAAACCGAUUCUUCUUCGAAAGAUAUGAAGAUACUGGGUCCAUUUGUUUUCUUGCUUUUGCUUGGGGGACUGUGGUGUCAGAACAACCGUAAUGCUAAAGCUACUGGAAAGUCCACAAAGAAGUCUAGUGGGAGCCAACAAGGUGAUGCUGGCCAGUCUGCCUCUGCAGCUGAUGUCACUUCAGGAAGCACUGGAAGAACUGGAAGCACCUCCAGAAACACCGGAGGCUCAGCCGAAUCAAGACAGGAAGGUGGUGCAGGGACUCGUGGAGCUGGACAACAGACAGAUGAUAUGAGGCUGCACUACCUCACAAACACACAAGUUACAUGUAAUGAUGGGACAGCAGCUGGGUUUUACCUAAAGGAAUUCAGAGGAAGCCGCCGAUGGUUGUUAUUUCUGGAAGGUGGCUGGUGCUGCUACAGCAGAGAGACCUGUGAUUACAGGUACCAAAAUAUCCCCCGACUAAUGAGCUCAUCGGGGUGGCCUGAAACCAAAAGAGGAAGUGGAAUAUUAUCUUCUCAAGCUGAGGAAAACCCACACUGGCAUAAUGCAAAUAUUGUAUUCAUCCCUUACUGUUCCAGUGACGUGUGGAGCGGCACUGGGCCUCCACCAACACCCCCUUCCAGGCCGCGACAAGGCAGGGACAAAGUCAGAGAUAGGAAUACAAAUGCAACUGAAUAUAACUUCAUGGGAUCCCUAAUCAUCCGUGAGGUCAUCAAAGAUCUCAUCCCUAAAGGAAUCAAGCAGGCCAAGGUUGUCAUGCUGUCUGGUAGCAGCGCUGGUGGAACAGGUGUUUUGCUCAACAUUGAGAGGGUGGCCAGUCAGCUCCAGCAGCUUGGUGCAGAAGCUCAGGUCCGAGGCCUCGUGGACUCGGGCUGGUUUCUGGAGAGCAAGCAGCAAAGAUCACCAAACUGCCCUGAGACAGUUUCCUGCUCACCUGAGGAUGCUAUCAAGAUUGGACUCAGGCUGUGGAACGGGGUUGUUCCUGACAGAUGUCGGCAGCUCUUUAAAAGAGGGGAGGAGUGGAAGUGCUUCUUUGGUCAUAGACUAUACUCUACUUUGACCUCCCCUGUGUUUAUUGUACAGUGGCUGUUUGAUGAGGAACAGCUGAGGGUGGAAAACAUCUAUAUAGGGGGACAGAGCAUGUCUGAGGAGCAGUGGCAGUACAUCCAGAACCUGGGCUUGGAGCUCAAAAACUCCCUGAGAGAUGUUACGGCUGUAUUUGCUCCAUCCUGCCUCUCCCACACACUAAUUACCAAAAGUAAUUGGACAAAUUUUCAAGUUAGAGGCACGUCUCUGCCACGUGCCCUUCAAUGCUGGGACAGGAGUCUGGAAGCAAUACGUAACAACAGGACCCCGGCUAAAGGAUGUCCUUUUCACCUCUUGGAUACCUGUCAGUGGCCACAGUGUAACCCCACCUGCCCAGCUUUGGUGGAUAAGACCACCCAGCAGGAGCUUACCUUGCUCCAGAUGCUGGUAGCCAUGGGUCUGGACCUCCAGAGGCUGGGCCUGGAUCCCCAGGGAGAUGCAGAUUCUCUUGUCAGCAUGGUCAGGAAUGGUGGCUAAGUGUGAAAAUUUAGGGUACAUGAAAAGUUAAAUAAAUAGAUGAAAACAAAUGUGUUGAAAAUUUAACGUAACCAUAGAAAUGCUGUAGAAAUCUGGUUACUAUGUCUUGUGCUACUCAGCAUUCCAUUAUGCUCCACAUGACUGUUCACUUUGAGACUUGGCUGGAGGGUAUGUCACUGCAUCUGGGUUUGAAUGGUUUAGUGGGCCCUCUACUGGACACCAGUGGAAAGAGGUGUUGCAGCUGUACUGAUCGACAAGCUUAGUGUUUAGCAGAUGGCUGUGCAUAACCUCCUACAACACACUUUCAGCCUGAUCACUCCACAGGAACAUGUAACAUCAGAGCAUGGUAGUAGAGUUAUAAUGGUAAUGAAUAGAAAGUAGCUGAAAGCUGACGGAAACACAAACAUUUUGCUCAAACAAGAUAGAAAUGCUUUUGUGUUCAUGCAGCUUUUAGCAGUUAAACUUGCUUUAUACUCUUUAUCUACAGUCUUUUUUAGUUAUUCACUGAUUUCCAAUAUGCAUUAUUGAAAGAUACAGAAUCUGUCAAAUUUCUAGUAAUCAGAUUACUACAUAAUAAUACACAAAUCAGCUAAGUGUUCAACUGUUUUGGAGAAAACAUAUCAAAAAGUUUCAUUCACUUUUACUCAAUAAUUUUUGGUGCACUUAGUUCCAAAGACACUACCGAUUUUUGGCGACUUAGUUCGAGUGUUUAGAUUUUGAUGCUAUGCUGACAUACAUAUAUUUAUAUAUAUAUAUAUAUAUACAUAUAUUACAUAGUAUCUAUACAUACUUUCUAUGCAUGCAAAAUAGAAAUGUGACUCAUUUUUGUAAUAUUUCUGUGUAGGGCAGAGAAAGGUGAUCAGUGACCUACCACAAUAAUUUGUGAGUUUAUUCAAGGAAAAAACAAAAGUUUUUGACAUGUGAAAUUAUUAAUAUAAAGAAAAAUGCUGCAGUUACUCACUGCACAGUUGUGACAAUCUAUGUCUAGUUACAUACACAGACAUAAUGCAACUAGUAUUGCAUAGGGCUUAAUAUUGCAGUCCUUCAUUGUUGUUAAAGCAUGAUUUUUCAUAAUGUUGUGCUAUUUUUGCAUUUACAGACAGUGCUGUAGCUGUAUGUUUUAAUUUCAUUUAGGUACUGCAAUAAGGGUGUUGCACGUGUCAAAAUGUGGAAUAAAAAAUAUGA